CCUUCGCAACGAUACUUCAACGGCGCGGGAAGGAGCUAAAACAGUCGUAAAAUGCGUGAGUGUAUUUCUAUGCAUGUCGGCCAGGCCGGAGCCCAGAUGGGCAAUGCGUGCUGGGAGCUGUACUGCUUGGAGCACGGCAUUCAGCCGGACGGUCAGAUGCCCAGUGACAAGACCAUCGGAGGUGGUGACGACUCCUUUAACACCUUCUUCAGUGAGACUGGAGCUGGCAAGCACGUUCCCAGAGCUGUCUUUGUGGACUUGGAGCCAACUGUCAUAGAUGAAGUGCGAACUGGAACUUACCGUCAGCUCUUCCACCCGGAGCAGCUGAUCACCGGCAAGGAGGACGCAGCCAACAACUACGCCCGUGGCCACUACACAGUCGGCAAGGAGAUCAUUGAUCUUGUUCUCGACAGGACUCGCAAAUUGGCUGAUCAGUGCACAGGUCUCCAAGGUUUCCUCAUCUUCCACUCGUUUGGAGGAGGAACUGGCUCUGGCUUCACUUCUCUGCUGAUGGAGCGUCUCUCUGUCGACUACGGCAAGAAGUCCAAGCUUGAGUUUGCAGUUUACCCAGCCCCCCAGGUGUCCACAGCUGUGGUGGAGCCCUACAACUCCAUCCUGACCACCCACACCACCCUGGAGCACUCUGACUGCGCCUUCAUGGUGGACAAUGAGGCCAUCUAUGACAUCUGCCGCAGGAACCUGGACAUUGAGCGUCCCACCUACACCAACCUCAACAGGUUGAUUGGACAGAUCGUCUCCUCCAUCACCGCCUCCCUGCGCUUCGAUGGUGCCUUGAACGUGGAUCUGACAGAGUUCCAGACCAACUUGGUGCCCUACCUCGUAUCCACUUCCCUCUGGCCACCUACGCCCCAGUAAUCUCUGCAGAGAAGGCCUACCACGAGCAGCUGUCAGUGGCUGACAUCACCAAUGCUUGCUUUGAGCCCGCCAAUCAGAUGGUGA